AACAUUGAGCGGUUCGGUUUUAGCUAAGGAACCUGUAUAGGCUGACUAGUUUUAGCUGUCGAUAUACAGAAAAAAUAUUCUUUUCUUUUCUACACAACAAAAAUGCCAUCCUUGCUCAACUUUUAAGAAAUAAUCAGUCCUUGUGAAUCGCAGCUUGGUGGUGAUGAUCGCUGAGAAACAUCUUGAUAGAAAUCCAAAAUGACCAGUCUAUUGUACCGCUUUAAGUACAGUUGGGAGAUUGUUGAUGGCGACCAACAUCGUCAAGUCGCGUAUAGCCUUGCAUCGUCCGGAGCACCAAUAUCUAUCUCACAGGACGACUUGCUUAACCCAGACGGUUGUUUGGUGCUGGAAUCUGGAGAAGACCAAAGUUUCUGCGAGCAAGUGCUAAGUGUUCAUCCAGGUUACCAUCUAACUGCAAUAGCUUUGAUAGCCGAAUGUUGCACGAUCGAGUCAUAUAUCGGCAAAGCACAAGAGUACAACCACACCUACCAUGGCGAUUUAAUUUUUGAUGGGGAAUCAAGGCUCUAUCGUUUCGACAUACUAUUCGAUGCCAACGAAGGACCAUCGGAUGUAACUCUGCGGUUCAUCGUUCCCUCGGGAGCAAACCUUUGUCUGUAUGGUACGCACUUGAUACUAGUCAAGAACUCCAACUCACUAGGAAGUGAAGUGUCACUUAACCAAGCCAUGCUCGAAUGUCAUUUAGACGAUGAAAAACUGUCGGAAAAAGCAGCAAAAGCCAAAGCUUUUCUCCUGGCAUCAAUGGGUAAACACCUUCAACAGCCACACGCUGCUGUACAAAUUCGAAAUACAUUGAACAAUAAUACUGAUCUAUAUCCUGACGCUGGUGAUGAUCACAUUGAAAGGAGAGAUAUAGAACCUGAUAAAAUAGAGCCACAUCAACCGCCCGAAUUUUCUUCUCUUUUUGGUGAGCUUCUAGUCAAGCAGUAUAUCGAUAAGAAAUUAACAGAGCUAGAAGGAGCAAUUGAUAUCAAGCUAAAGGCAAUGGAGGUUCGGCAAAAUCAAAAGUUAGAUAAGAUAAUUUCUCUCUUAGAAUUCAUUGAGAAUAAACAAUAAGUUUUAUAAGUGUAAA